AUGCCGGACUUAUCACGCUUGGCGCAGUCGCUGUGUCGAUCCGUGGUAAGAAAACAAUUUGCGGACGACAGUCUGGGAGUACCUAGUAGUCCGAAAGGAAUUCUGAAACUAGCCGUAGCCGUUGGAUUUGGUGCGGUCGGAGUUCACUAUUUACAAUUAAAAAAUCUAGUACCGGAUGAUCCAUUCAAAUAAACCACUAUAAUAAAAGGAGAUGACAAGUGUUGUAGUUGGAGGAUUAUUCAACGCCGUAGCAUUUGCCGGAGCUGGAUUUCUGUCCAGCAAAUUAAACCAUGGUGGAUACGAAGACGAAAUGAAAAGACAUAACAGAGCGUUGGAAAAGUUAGCCAAAGCCAAAGAAAAAUGGUAUGAAAGUCAAGUAGAAAAAAAGGAACAGAAUAGCGAUACUCAGACAGGAACUAGUCGACGCCAAAUCGGAUAUGGAAGCAACAAACCGUGCUCUGGACUCCCUGCGGAAAGCGCAGGAGGAACUAACCCUGGAUAA